AUGUCUGCCAUUGGCUACAUCGUCCCUCGCCUCGUCCUGGUGACUCUCAUCAUCAUUGCCCUCGCCGCAAUUGUAAAGGGCGAGCCCACAGCCGCGACGGGCCAGGCGCUGCAAGUUGCAAAUGCAGGUGGCUUCAACGCGGCAUCUAUCGCGCAGAAGAUCUUCAUCGCUAUGCUGAUCUCUAUCACUGGCAUCGUUGUUAUGCUUUCGACCAAAAGACCAAUGCAUAUAGAAAUGUCAAGUCACCGGACUUCAAUAUACACCGACCACGACAACCCAUGCGAGAAGUGCCUGCAGAAAAUAGAAGUCGCCGAUGUCCUCAUCGUCGGCACCGGACCCGCCGGCCUCGCAGUUGCGCAGUCCGUGCUAGACAAAUCCAAGGACGGCUGGUCGCUAGAUAGCCUAGUGAUGGUGGAGGCAGGAGACGAACCCGGCCAGGGGAACACGUACUCCUCGAACACGGACGGCACCAUCCUGAACCGGCGCGACGACACUAUGUCCCUGAUCCACGGCAAACCCAACGACUUCAUAGACUGGAAGAAGAGUAAAAUGUACGAGGAUGGAAAAGGGGGGGACUACAGCGACAGAGAGGUGUACGGCCGAUACCUGCGCGACACGCUGCGGAACAUCAACCAGAAAGCCUGGGACCUCAUCGUGGACUUCCGCUUAAUUCACCGCGAGGCCGUGGAUCUGAGUCGCUGUCAGCUUGGGGGAGAAGACGCCUUCGUGUACAGAGUCGCGUUUCCAGACGGGUGCUCGGUGUAUGCGAAAAAGGUGGUGCUGGCGCUGGGUACCUUUCUGGCAAAAAAGACUACCUACCUCAACGGUGAGCAGAGUAACUUCCCCAGCAACUGGCCCGCGAAAAAGAUCGGCGCGAUUCCAAAUGACGCUGCGGUAGGGGUGGUGGGCACUGGCUCCUCGGCCAUGGACGUAGUGACAAAGCUGUACGAGUGCCAUCACGAGGGGCCGAUAGUAAUGAUGAGUCCCGACGGACGCUUCCCACGCGUGGAGGGCUACCCGCGGAGCUACCCGCUGACCUACACUAUCCACACGCUGGUGCGUGGCUUGGAAAAGGGGGACGUAACCCUGGAGCAGCUGCUCAACCAGCUCGAUCACAUGUUCCUUCGAGCCAACGCCAUGAAUAUACCCCCUCUGGAAACGAACGCACGCGAGAGGAGUAACGUGGUAGUGCGUCAGAAGACAAACGACGAGAUUAGUAGUUUGGCUGCUAGUGGCGUCAGAACGCAGGAUAUCCUCGAUGCACUGAAACCUAUUGCCGAAAGAGUGUGGAACCGCGCGGCGUUGACGGGGAGUACCGAGAUCUUGGAACAGCAUCCGGCCUGGAGGGCGAUAUGCCAGGAGACUAUGCCAUUUUAUGCCGCGGUGGUUCUACUCGACCUCGCUAAAAGAGACAACUUCAAGGUCAUCAAGGACGAGGGCGUCGGCAACAAAAGGGGAACAUUUCUGAUGGGGCAGGAAAGCCGCAUCGGCGUCGACUGCAUCGUGCAGGCUGCGAGACUGGAACACGACAUCAGCGUUAUACAGCUAGAAUCGCCUCUUAUUAGACGAAUGAUCCGGAAAGACCUCGUAGAGCCCGACCAGCUGGGCGGCAUCAAGGUCGGCUUCGCAGACCACAAAGCCGGCCCGGAUCUCUACGCCAUCGGCUCGCUCACUCGUGGAACCUAUCAUUUCGUGGACGAUAUCGGCAGGAUCGCGAAACACGCCUCGCAGAUCGCUGAUGGCCUGGUUGGCCUACCGCCUAGCAAGCCUCUCCAAAUAGCGCUGUUCGUCGACCGCGACCUCUUCUCCACAGUCAUCAUGAUGGACCUCGUGCCCAAGCUUCUCGCCCAGGGCCACAUGCCAUUCGUAUUCCUCAUCGACCCCCCCGACACAUCCAUCUACCUCCCCGACAACGAGAAAUGCUACCACUACUUCGAGUCCACCCUGAUCCCCCACGUCAUCGCCCCGCACCACAAACUCCACGGCGGGCCCCCCCAAGCCGCGCUAAUAACCGCCGCCGCCCCCAACACGUACGGCGUCCUCGUCGAGCACGUCAAAGACCUCAACGACCCCCUCUUCACCCAGCGCCUGCAGCAGCAGCAGCAGCAGCACUCCCUCGACGCCGGCUUCCUCAUCGGGCCCCGCGCCGAAGCCGCAGACACUCUCCGCGCCACCCCGCACCUCCUCCCCCUCCUCUGCCAGGUGAGGCCCGGCCAGCCCCCUCACUACCGCGACCUCCUCAGGCAGGACGGCGGCGCGCAGACGCGCUUCGGCUACAGCCUCACGCUCCUCGACCCGGCGUCCCCGCGCCGCGACCGGCUGAUCGCGCGCCGCGACCGGGGCAUCGCGGGCGCCCCGUGCGCGUGCACGGCGAUGCUCGGGUGCCGCGCGCUCGCCGCGCAGCUGGUCGUCGAGGCGGUGGACUGCGUUUCGCGGGGCAGGGUGCCGGCGGGCGCGUCUGCGGCGCGCGGCGCGGAGAAGAGCAGCAGGGGGAGGAGGAGGAGCGGGGGCGCGUUCAAGCUGGUGGACGUGCCGGCCAUGCUGAGGGAGGUGGUGGAUAUUUUCGCCACGCCGGAGACGAGGGAGGGUUUGCUGCGGGUUGUGCGGGAGGAGCUGAGGUAUUGGGUUGGGGGGAGGGAGGAGGGGGCGCGGGAUGGGCGGGAGGGGAGGGGGCUGUGGAUAUGA